AUGGCAAGUACAGGGUUAAGUUUGGUGCUUUUUCUUGUAAGCAAUACAUUUGCAUCCUUGCUACCUGUAAAACUACCUCCUCAAGGUCCUUGGGUUUCCUUGAAACCUACUUUACAGACACCUGGUCAGGUUGAUAAAUGCCAAGUGCAAGACUAUGAAAGGGUUCCUUGUGGGGAACCUGGUAUAAAGGCUACACCAUGCAAUGCUAUAAACUGCUGUUUUGAUAGACAGGGGUGCUAUUAUGGGAAAAUUGUGACUGUCCAGUGUACCCUUGAUGGCCAGUUUGUGGUGGUGGUAGCCAGAGAUGUAACAGUUCCCAGGAUAAGCCUGGAUUCUAUCAGCCUGUUGGGAGGAAAUGCAGGACCCUGUAGUCCUGUUGACUCCAAUACAGCCUUUGCUAUAUACCAGUUUCCUGUAACUGCUUGUGGGACUACCAUGAAGGUAGAACUUGGUUAUGUGGUUUAUGAAAACAAGAUGCUUUCCUCUUAUGAAGUUGGAGUUGGACCUCGUGGCUCAAUUACAAGAGACACUCACUAUGAGUUUUACUUCCAGUGUAAAUAUUCAGGUGUUGGUUUUGGGGCUCUAGCUAUUGAGACUUCAUCCAAUCUUGAUCCUCUGCCUGUUGUUGCUUCUGGACCAUUCCAAGUAGAACUAAGGCUAGGAAAAGGCUUGUGUGUCACCAAGGGUUGUGUAGAAGAACAAGUAGCUUAUACCUCCUACUACAGUGCUACUGACCACUCUGUGACAAAGGUUCUGCGGGAGCCUGUGUAUGUUGAAGUACACAUUGCUGGGAGAACUGACCCAAAUAUUAUCCUUGUUUUGGGUAACUGCUGGGCAACCACUUCCCCUAACCCCUACAGCCUUCCCCAGUGGGACCUUCUGGUGAAUGGAUGCCCAUCUGAAGAUGACCAUUAUCUGACCAAGCUGAUACCAGUGACUGGGGCAUCUGGGCUUGCAUACCCUACCCAUUACAGACGCUUUGUCCUGAAGAUGUUUACAUUUGUGGAUCAGGCCUCUGUGACUCCACUGCUAGAGAUGCUCUACAUCCACUGCAGUACAUCUGUCUGUCUUCCGAGUACACAAGACUCCUGUGAGCCAAUGUGCACUAGAAAAAGAGAUCUUGCUAUAACAGAAGAGGGCUCUCCUGGUGUAUCAGGAAUGGUGUCAAGUGGAGGAGUGAUCUUUACUCAAGCUCAGAAGUUUCUUUGA